GUUUUAUUAUUGGUUCGCAUUGUGUUAGAAGAUACUUUGACAUUUGACCUUGCACUUAUUCGAUGGUAUGAUUUUAAACAUCCAAAUGCCACUUUAAAAUUUUAUAAAUAUAGGUGCCCUUAUUUACAGUUCACAAAUAUUUACAAUAUG